AUGGCCAAGUUCGUCCCCAGACAGCGCAAGCACAAGGUGCUCGCCCGCGAGCGCGCCAAGGAAAGCGCGCGCCACGAAGUCGAAGACACCAACCAGGAGAUCCUGCCGGCCGCCGCGAAGAAGAAGAAGGAUCUCGAGGAGAAAAAGGCGCGGCUCAAGGAGCAGCUGAAGCAGGAUGGCGCCAAGGUGAGCGGCAAGAAGGCCAAGCGCCUGGAGAAGUACAUCGACAACAAGCUGCGCAAGGACGAGAACCGCGAGCUGCUGGCGAAGCUGGCCGAGCGCAAGAUCGACACGAGCCUGUUUGCGAGCAGCAAGGCGCUGGGGCAGGGCCGCGAGACCAAGAAGCAGGCCUUGUCGAGGGCGUUGCGGGAGCAUCGGGCGGGGGUUGAUCCUACGGCUUCGGUGGAGGGUAUUCUGUUUCAGGAGAGGCCGGAGGUGGAUGAGGAGGGAGAGGAUGAAGAUGAUGCGCACAUGUCGGAUGAGGGUACAUCCACUGCUGCACCUGUGGCAGAGGCAGAGGCUGAGGAACCUAAAACCACUACUGAGCCCGUUAAAGAGACAACGAAGCCGGCGGUUGCUGCUGGAUCAGGCCUCAAGCGGCCACUCGAACUGGACGACGAAGGCCGACCGAAAAUUCAAAAGCGACAGAAGAGAGGAGGACUCAAGACCAAGGUUACACUCGUCGCAACCCAACAGCCAGCUUCGGAAGAAUCAGGAGAUGACGAUGAAUGGGGCGGUUUCAGUGGCGACGAGGAGGAUAAAACCAAGGAAGACGAGUCCGACCAAGAAUCCGACGAAAGCUCAAGCGAAGAUUCCGCGGACGACGACGCCGAAUCCGAAGAAGAAACAAGCGAUGAAGAAGAGGAAGAGGAGGAAAUAGACGAAGAACAAAAGACUCAAAGAUCGUCUUCAUUCAAGGCAUGGGCCCAGCAGCAGCGGAAUGAAGCCCUUGGAUACCAGCCCGUAGACCCAACAGCGGCUAUUCUGGAGAUACCCAAGCCAGAGAACUUUGUCCCGAGAGCGCCCGAGCAGGAUCCCUUGCCGAUGGAACUUCAGGUCAAUGAGAAGACGUCACGAAAAGUCUACAGCGUGCCUGUUGUGCGGACACCCGAAAUUCAGGAGGCUCGAAUGAAGCUGCCGGUCGUAGCUGAGGAGCAGAGACUGAUGGAAGCCAUCCACAGCCAUGACAUUGUCGUCAUCUGUGGAUCGACUGGUUCGGGUAAAACCACACAGGUGCCUCAAUUCUUGUAUGAGGCGGGCUAUGGAUCUCCCGACUCUCCAACACCCGGCAUGAUUGGCGUCACGCAGCCCCGUAGGGUUGCUGCAGUCAGCAUGUCCAAGCGAGUGGCAGACGAGCUGGGUGAUCAUUCAAAGGCCGUGGCCUACCAGAUCCGUUUCGAGGGCAACGUCGACGACAAGACGGCCAUCAAGUUCAUGACGGACGGUGUCUUGCUGCGAGAGGUUGCCCAGGACAUUACGCUGCGAAAGUACUCGGCUAUUAUCAUUGACGAGGCCCACGAGAGAAGCGUCAACACCGACAUCCUGAUUGGCAUGCUCAGCCGAGUCAUCAAGCUGAGAGCUGAGCUGUCACAGGAGGACCCGACCAUCAAGCCCCUGAAACUCAUCAUCAUGUCUGCCACGCUAAGGAUAGAAGACAUGACGAUGAACCCUACCCUCUUCUCAACACCGCCCCCUGUUGUCGAGGUGGAAGGACGGCAGCACCCCGUCACCAUCCACUUCGCACGGCGGACUCACCACGACUACGUGGAAGAGGCGUUCCGCAAGAUCUGCCGCGGCCACAAGAAACUGCCCCCUGGAGGCUUCUUGGUGUUCCUGACAGGUCGCAAUGAGAUUCUGCAGCUGAGCAAAAAGCUCAAGGCCGCCUUCGGAGGUUCAAGAACAGCCGACGGCCCCAAGGUGCAGAUAUCGGCGACAGAAGCACCAGUGGAAGUCGAGGAUCUCGAUUUCGGCGACGUUGACGAGCAUGACUUUGACGACGUGGACGGCAUCGAGUCUGACGACGAGAACGAAGAGGGCGAAGACGAGUUCAAGAUUGAUGAGGAAGAUGAGGUCGUCCCUCUCAAGAUGCAGGUCCUGCCUCUAUACUCCCUGCUCCCCGUCAAAGAGCAGCUGAGAGUCUUUGAAGAGCCCCCCGAGGGAACUCGGCAAAUCAUCCUGGCAACCAACGUCGCCGAGACGAGUUUGACCAUCCCCGGCACUCGCUUCGUCUUCGACUGCGGACGCUCCAAGGAACGGAACUACGACCGCCUGAGCGGCGUCCAGAGCUACGAGAUCGGGUGGAUCAGCAAAGCCAGCGCCAGCCAGCGAUCGGGUCGUGCCGGACGUACGGGCCCCGGUCACUGCUACAGACUGUACUCGUCGGCCGUCUACGAGCGGGACUUUCCCGAGUUCUCGGACCCCGAACUGCUGCGGAUGCCCAUCGAGGGUAUCGUGCUGCAGCUCAAGGCCAUGAACCUGCAAAACGUGGUCAACUUCCCCUUUCCCACGCCGCCCGACCGGCAGAUGCUCGCCAAGGCCGAGAAGCUGCUCACAUACCUCUCCGCCAUAUCGCCCAGCGGACAAGUCACCAAAGUCGGAACGACAAUGUCCCUGUUCCCCCUGUCGCCGCGCUUCUCAAGGAUCCUGCUCGUGGGCCACCUCCACAACUGCCUCCCGUACACAAUCGCCCUCGUGGCAGGCUUGUCCGCCGCAGAAGUCUACCUGCCGGAGAACACGGCGAUCCCGGCCCUGGCCGAGAAGGACGACACCGAAAUCCGCACGGCGGCGGACGUCAUCGCCGAGGACCGCCAGGCCAACGUCCGCCGGCUGUUCAACCAGGUGCACAAGAACUUUUGCUUCCUGGACGACAAGUCCGACGCCAUCAAGCUCCUGCAAGUGGUUGGCGAGUUCGCCCACGAGCCGACGGAGGAGUGGUGCGAGAGGCACUUUGUCCGGUACAAGGUGCUCAAGGAGAUCCAGCAGCUGCGCAAGCAAAUCACGGACCUGCUCCGCACAAACAUCCCCUCCUUCGCCGCGCUGCAGUACCAGGACAAGCUCGACCCGCCGUCGCCCAAGCAGGUCUCGGCGCUCAAGCAGAUGACGGCCGCGGGCUUCCUCGACCAGGUCGCCAUCCGGGCCGACCUCGCGCCCAACCCGCCCGAGCAGUUCAGGAAGCCUCGCCGCGCCAUUGACGUGCCGUACGUCCCGCUCGUGCCCCUGCACAAGCCCGGCAGCAGCAGCGGCGAGAACCCUUGCGUGUACAUCCAUCCGUCGUCCUGCCUCGCGCACGUCAGUCCGCAGGAGUGUCCCGAGUACAUUGUGUAUGCGUUCCUACAGCGGGCAACGCCCUCUGGCGCGCUCGAUUCGGGCAAGACGCCCAAGACGAGGAUGCAUGCCCUCACGGACGUGACGGGGGGGCAGCUCGCGGGGUUGGCAAAGGGCACGCCGCUGAUUAGUUACGGGAAGCCGAUCAAGGAGGUGAAGGCGCAGUCUCUGGGUGCGGACGGAGCGACGACGAGGGAGUGCUGGGUGGUGCCGUAUCUGAGGGCGGAGAACACGGCGGGCCAGGGGUGGCCUUUGCCGGCGCAGAAGGUGAAGCAGAGGAAGGUGGCGGGUAAGGGGUGGGUUGUUGAGUGA